AUGGCUGGAUUUACACAAAUUCCCACGACGACAUCGCCAAAGUUAAGAUCACAUUUUGAUCUUUGGAAUCUUACACGCGCAAAGGACUCCAUUACUGAUCGAGUUAAACCAGUUGGUGGCACGGUGAAAAGCAUUUAUACUGUCAGCGGCAUCGCGAUUGAGCAUGUCACCGAUCUGCAACCAAACGGCUAUUACGUAGCUGUUGGUCCUUACGAAAAAUUCCAUCCGUUGAAUUACGAACCUGCCGGUCGGCAUGAUCAUUUCCUACCAAUGUCUGCUAAACAUCCAAGUGUAUAUACCAAAGACGCAGCAGCAAGGGCCAGCGUGGGAAUGAAGAGAAGACGAACAUUUAUUCUCCGACUGAAGCGGAAGUCAGUUAACCAGAGUAAUACAGGACAACAUAGCGAAAUCGAGCAGCCCAUGACUAUUCAGGCAGAGACUGUCCCGGAAAAUCAACCUCACAGCGGUUCAGAGCGAAGGUUGCAUACUUCUGGGACAGGGCUAGGCGAACACCAACGUAUAGAUCUCCACUCGGUCAAUCUCCCACCACAUUCAAAGCAUUCGGCGCACGAACAACAACAACACGACAACAAUCAGUUUGGUGACCCAGAAUCAGAGAUACUCGUUCACAUGCGCCAUGAAAACGAGAAACCUCAUGGCGUGCCAUCAGUAACAGCCGAACCAACAGCACGAAGUCAGCAUUUGCUGGCUGAAACUAAUUCACGAACUAAUCAGUCUCAUCAUUCACUGUCGCAGCCAAAAAGUGAAACCGUGGUGACCACACUAGAACCAUCACGUUUACAACUACCCAAAGGUGGCUCGCAUUUUUUGUCGCCAAAGCCAUCCAAACAUUUGCGUACAUCUAGUCAAAAAGACCUCCACUCCAGUCAAAUGUCCGGAUGGUCCAAUGCUAGCAAUUUUAGAAACGCCCUGGAUGGUCAGCUAGCCGAUGGCUCUCAUACUUCUAUCAAUAAUGCGGAUCUGCACUCUUUUCACGUAACCGGCCCGUCUCAGACAUCAGUGGCGUUGGGAGGCGGCCAUCCGGCUAGCUUGGUGGAUCUAAAGGACCCCGCGUCCAAUCAAUCAGUAAUUAGCGUGCAACCUGUGCCGUCCGAGGCACGAAACAAGGCAAGCAAAGAACAUUCUUCGUUAUCAAUGAGACAAGUUGACAAAUCGUCAACUAGCAUAUCCCCACUGGAAACAUCGCCAUCCCAGCAGUCACAACGUGUCGAACCGUCAGAAUCCGCGAUCGAGGAGAACCGUUUGAAUGGCUACGAAAAUAAUGUCAUAUCCAAUACUAGUGUGGCUUCCUACUAUUCCAGAGCUUCGGCACAAUCGAAAGCUCCUUCCGUAGCGAAUGUUCUUGGACGACAACCACAUAGUGACCAUGACAUCACAAGCGAUAGCAACGCACGUGUGCACGUGAACGAUGGCAAUGUUGAGGAACAAACCUUGGACAAAGCCGUUGAGGAGAGUCACCAACCUGUCGAGGUGGCACCCCCUAUGACAGAUGAACCACCACCUACAGCGGCAGAAUCGAAAGGUCGAGAUGCAAAACCUCGCCGGAAAUCUAAACUCGGGUGUUGUUAAAAGUGCGCCUUCUUCGUCCUUUGUCUACAGUGACAUAGUGAUUUUUCUCUGACCCUAUCUGUGAUCUGCAUUCUUUUGAGUGUGUUAAAUUUAUUGUGCAUAGCUCGUCUUUACUGCGUGGUUAAGUACUGCGCGAUUUUUGCCUGGGUACAGGCUCUAAUAAAGGAUACAAAUAGCA